AACUUGUAGACCCUGUUCAUGAAGAGACAACCAGACAAAAACUCGAAAACAGAAACAAAUUACCAACAGAAACAUACACAGAAUACACAGCAGAUAUAAUAAAACUUUGUCACAUUCUUGAGCCUCAAAUGUCAGAGAAAAGAAUAGUAGGAUAUGUUUUGAGAGGCUUAGACGUAGGAGCAUUGCAACAUGUUGCUUUCAUGGACAAUGCAUCAGUUGAAGAUUUAGAGAAAAAUCUCGCCAAAUAUGAAAGAUCUCGCUUCCUUCUAGACAAAAAGUUAGGAAUGCAUAAUGCUUCAAUCCUGUCAGAUGACGAAGAAGACGAUUGCCAGUUCAAGCAGAAAGGCCUCUGCUUGAUUCCGAGGAAAAAGAUGUCGAACUCCGCCACCCAAGCCACUUGUCUCCACCUUCUAACAUCAGAAGCAGACGUAUCGGAGCUACGAGAAGUCUGCAAAUUUGAUUGUAAAGCAACUGACAAUCAAACCCUAAUCACUCGCCUACGAGAAGACACCUUCCUAUUCCACAACACCGGCAAAAAGACGACAAUUCGCUGUAAAAACUCAACAACUGAGGUCCCAAGCAACAGUCCAGGAACCCUAUCACUCCACAUCCCUUGCAACUGCGAACUUCAAGACGACAACGGCGACGUACUGAUAAGCACUCUUUAUCCUUGCGACUCCCGUUCCCAUCCUUCUCCAGCUAUUAAUAACUUAAUUCCUCACAUGUGGACAAAUUUAUCUAAAUUGAGCAUCCCAAUUUUUAAACAUGAGACUCUGCCUCAGUACUUAAACCUUUCAGAAAUCUUAAAUGAAAAUUGGCACUUGAAUUUUUCAAAAUUUGAAGAGCACAACUCAUUCUCAGAAGACAUUUUCCAUCAUGUUGAAAUGCCAAAUAACUUUGAUUUGUUAGGGGUGAACAAUAAACUGAUCAUUUAUAUUAUUAUUGUCUGGCAAACACUGAUAACUGUUAUAUUCUUGUAUUUAUGUCUUCAAAAUUAUAUUAAGAAGAAAGCAAAUCAACUGAGAGUCCCGAAACGUACUCCAAUUGUGGACUACCCACAGGAGCUUUAAGAAUAUAUUGUGUUUUAGUAAAGUAGUAUGUAAUGAAAUCAUUAAAAUAAUGGGUUAGGAUAUAGGAAACUAUGCAAAUAAUAAUUACUUAUUCACUAUUAUUGUAUCCAUUUACUCUUUUAUGCUAUCGAUUCAAAUAUUUUCCCAGAUUAGAAGAUAAACUAUUUCAAUUAUUAUUAUUAUUCUUAUUUUCAAGGGUUCCACAAUAUUAUUUUGCUUACUCGAAUACUAUUCGGACUUGAUGUUUAAUUUUUGCAUUAUGAUUCAAUUUUAUUACUUUCGUAGAUUUUGUAGGUUUAAUUUUAUUCAUCAAUAUAAUUGAAAUUUUUUCCAUUCAAUUCUUAUUCAGAUAUGAAUGUAU